AUUGUUUUAUAGAAUAUUAUAUUUUGCAUAUUGGAUGAGUUUGGCCUUUGAGAGACUGAGGAAAUAGGAUUUGUUGCUAUCAGCAGUGCUAUACGAGAAAAUCCCCAAAGAGCAGUUAAUUCAGCACUUGAGUCAAGUAAGAGGUGAACAAUUUGAUUUGAUCGACUCUUGGGCAUACGAGACAUUAGAGGGGGAAGUGAAGGUGAUGGUAGAGAAAAAGCACGAGGAAUUCAGGAGAGUAAGAACGAUGAGUAUAGAUGAGGAAAUCCUAAUCAAACCAAAUGUGAUGAUCAAUGAUGAAAAGAAUUACAGAGAGACAAUCCAAUGUAAACAAUUGCCUCCGAAUAGAAUUGUACUGUACUAUGAUCAGAAUCCUCAAGUUAUCAUGUAACCUAGGAUCGCAGAAUAUAAGAUAAUUGAAGGUAGUACAUUCACACCAAAUUAUGUGAAUUAUUGUGUAGUUGUGGGACAAUUUGGUUCCAAUGUGUGGAGAAGAGUCGAGCACUUUUAUUGGUUAUAAGAGUCAUUGCAGCAAUAAUAUCCAGAUAGUUUGAUACCACCACUCCCUGCUAAAACUUUAUUCCGAAAAUUCACACCUGAACACAUUUCCAAGAGAACCAAAAUGUUAGAAUAAUUCUUGGGUGCCAUUCUUAACAAUCAUUUAUUGAGAUAAUCAGACUUCAUUGAAGGCUUUUUGUUUAUAGAUGAUGAUAUCAAAUUUAAACAAUUAUUAGCUUCUUCAUCUGUGUUGAAAUAACCAACCAAAUAUAGUGAUUAUGUCAAUCAAGAAGGUUAGGUCAUUUUGGAAUUCAAUCCUAUGAUGGAUAAGUAUUUCAUGGAUAUCAAUACUUACAUGUUAAACACUAAUGAUAUCUACAAGGAGUUAACACAAAAUUCUAGAUUCAUGGUUAAUUCCAUGAAGGAUUUCAUUAUCAAAGUCAAGAAUUUGGCUGGGAGCAUUGGGUCAUUGAAGGAAGCCACAAAAUCCUUCAAUUUAAAAAAUAUUGUUGGUAGUCUUCCUUUAUUGGAAUUCGUUUAUACUCUACUGGAGGAAUAUUUCAUCGAUUGGAGCACCAAUUUAAAUAAAUUGGCCAACACCUUAAAUGAAAAUCUAUAUGAAUUCUUCAGAUUCCAAAGGGAUAUGUAAAAUCAAUGUGUAGAACUCAUUUCCAAUAGAAAUAAAGCCCAGUGUAAAUACCUAAAGGAGUACUAGGAUUUGAUGAAGAAGAAACACAAAUACUUUACUAGCGAACCAAUAGAGAAGUGGGAGAUGGUUACUGAAAUGGAUAAGAUAAAGAUCAAAUAGAAUUAGGUACUCUCCUAUCAUUUCAUGUUGCCCAAAGAAACCCAAGAAGUUGAAGGAUUGAAGAUGAGAUUCGCGUACAUCAAUAGACAAGCAUACCAAUAGAUCACUUAGUACUUUGAUAAUAAGGGCAUUUCUUAUACUACGAGAAUGUGCAAUAUGAGUAUACGGAAGAAGGAGAAUGCUGCAUAACAUACUCAAUUUGUGGAAAUGAUAGCUUCACAAUUCAUGUAGAUAGUGGCUAUGAGGAAUGGUGAAAUUCCAAAUUUGAAACAGGAAUGGAUAGAUUAAUACUUAAAUCCUCUUAGAAUCAGUUGUAUUAUUAGGUGA